AUGGAUCUCUCUCACAAUCAAUUCAGUGGCGACCUGCCAAUCAGUUUUUUAGAUAAUUUCAGAGUUGCAGUGAAUUCUGAUGAACUUGCUGAUAUGGAUUUAGAAAAUACUGAUACAGGUUCUUAUUACGAAGCUUCUGUUACAUUGAUUGUCAAAGGGCUAGAGGUUGAAGUAAAAAGAAUUCUCAGUAUUUACACAAGUAUAGAUCUAUCUAGCAAUAAGUUUACUGGAGAACUUCUAGAGGUCAUCGGGGUACUUCAAUCCCUGCGUCUGCUCAACGUAUCUCAUAACAGGCUUUUAGGCCAUAUCCCAUCCUCGUUGGGAAACAUGAGUAUUAUUCCCUGGCAAUUGACUAGUCUGACAUUUCUUUCAAACUUGAACCUCUCGGAAAACCAUCUUACUGGAGCAAUUCCAAAAGGAAGGCAAUUCGACACUUUUAGUAAUGAGUCAUUCAUGGGUAAUGCGGCCUUGUGUGGAGUUCCUCUAAUGAAAAAAAUGUGGAAAUGA